AUUGGAGGACUUUGCUUAGAAAGACCCCAGCAAUGAGAACUGCCACGUUUCUUGGAUGCAGAAAGAAAAAACCAUAGAGAUUGUAAAGGCAGUGUGUUAUCGUGUAAAGCGAAAUAACCGCUGAGGUCGUAACUUUGAACACCGAAUACCUCCUGCUGAGCGCCAGCCGUCUGAGCGCCAGCUUCAGCCUGCGCCUGCGCUUAGCCUUGGGCUGUGCAGUUGCCAGGAAACCGCGACGCUGCGGUCUCGACCUCAGCCUCUGGUCUCGUUUUAUCAUGGCCAAAUUCGUAAUCGCGGGAAAGACUUAAGUAUAACUUGAAUAUACUUAAAAAUGAUGGAAAGAGAUAAUCAAAGAUAGAUAAAAUCUGAAAAGAGGGGAAGUCAAUUGAGCAAGGGAGAAGAGGAUGGAUUAAUAGAAGAAAGUGUUGGGAUUAGACUUAAAAGGAAGUGGGAUUUCUUCUCUAUUGAAAAGAAGGAAGGAGAAAAGGAUGAAUGCAAAUGCUGAUGGACCUGUAGAGCAGAUUGUCCAUAUUAUGCCAAAGCAGAACUUCUAGGAGACUAUUUACAAAAGAAUCUUCCUGAUUUUCGGAUUUAUAAAAUUACACAACAUCCUGAUGUUUGGGAGGAGUGGCUGAGAGGUGUGUGUGAAAAGAAUAAGUGGAGUCACAAAACAUCCCCCAUCAUCUGGAGAGAGCUGUUGGAUCGUGGUGGAAAGGGCUUGCUUUUGGGAGGAUAUAAUGAAUUCCUAGAGCACGCCCAGCUUUACUAUGGAGUCACCUCUAGCAUGUCAACUCAGCUGAUGAUGGUGAUUGCUAAGGAGAACCUGAAGGCACAUACAGAAAAAGAGGUGGAGGAAAAAUCCCUAAAAGAUCUUGUCAGCCCCUUGCAGGUCUGGAUCACCAGUGCAACUACUCCUGCCUGCUACCACCUCAUUCCCAUGCUGACAAGUGGAGAAGUGUUUGGGAUGCAGACGGAAAUUAGCCUGGUGCUACUAGGCAGCAAGCACGUGGAAGAACGUCUCAAAGCCCUGGUGAUUGAGGCGGAGGACCUAGCGUCACCUCUGCUCCACAAGGUCUCCAUCUGCACCAAGGAGGAGGAGGCCUUCCGUGGGGCCCAAGUAGUCAUCAUUCUGGAUGAACACAUGGACGGGGAGGUGUACACUUUGGAGGACUGCCUCCGCAGCAGGGUGCCCCUCUGCCGACGCUACGGGGGCCUGAUGGAGAAAAACGCCCACGCCUCUGUCAGAGUUAUUGUGGGAGGCAAAAGCUUCGUGAAUCUUAAAACCGUUUUGCUUAUGAAAUUCGCCCCAAACAUCGCGCGCAACAUGAUCGCAGUGGCGAUGGGCGUGGAAGGUGAAGCUAAAGCUGCGCUGGCCAGAAAAUUGAGAACAACACCCGCCUGUGAGUGGACGCCUUUGUACAUCAAAGAUGUGAUAAUUUGGGGUAAUAUCAGUGGAAAUAACUACAUUGAUCUGAGGAAAGCUAAGGUAUACAACUACAAGAGUGCCAUUUGUGGACCUCCUCAUUACUCACAGCCUGUUUUAAGCUUGAUUUUUGACAGUGAGUGGGUAAAAAAAGAAUUUGUGGAAACUCUGAAAACUUUGAGUGUCACAGGAAGACACUUCGGAGGCAUUUUAGCUGCACACAGUAUAGCCACCACAUUGAAAUACUGGUACCAUGGCUCACCGCCUGGGGAGAUUGUGUCUUUAGGAGUAUUGAGUGAAGGCCAAUUUGGUAUUCCUGAAGGGAUUGUCUUUUCCAUGCCUGUGAAAUUUGAGAAGGGAACUUGGGUAGUUCUUACAGAUCUCAAAGAUAUUGAAAUAAGUCAACAAGUAAUGACCAGAAUGACAAAUGAUCUGAUUCAGGAGAAACUUGUUGCACUUGGAGACCUGCCAACUUUUCAGUCAUAUAAAUCAGAAACUGAUUUAUCCAAAAGACAUGAAGAAUUCAUUGUACCCCAUAUAGAUGACCACCAAGAUGAGCAAAGAGUCUCAGAUGAACAUAAAGAUAGUCUGUAUUCUGAUUUAGUCACAGACGAAGAAAAAGACCUGGCUAUGUCAGAGGUGGAUUUUUUGGAUAUGAUUCCUCAAACUACCUCUGAAAAACUUCUUCAAGAAUCCAUCAAUGACUCUGAAGGCUAACUAUGAAACACUAGCAGAUCAACUUGGACCAAAUAUAAACUCAUUUAGUAAUACAAUAAGGGUUCAAAGACCCAUGAAUGUCUGUAUCUGUAUUUAGAGCAGAAUAAUUUGAAAGAUUUACUUCAGUCUUAGGUAAUGUACUAAGCUAUUAAAUAAAGUGACAACACAAAAAAUGAAUUCAUUUUUGUCAACAGUAGUCACUCCUGUUUGUUAUUAUUGCAUUUUCUCAGAAAUAAUUUGUUAUCAAUGGCUGUUUUUAAAGUAUAUUAAAAUAAAAUUGCCCAUCAUUCCAUU